UCGCUUGUGUCGUUCAAAGUUGGUCUCAUUGAGAAAGCCGAGCUGCACCCAGACGCCGAGUCAUUGUAUGUCUCCACUGUCAAUCUUGGUGAAAGUGAGCCAAGAACAGUCGUGUCUGGUCUCGUCAAGUAUAUUCCCCUUGAUCAGAUGCAGAAGCGACUCGUUGUCUGUGUCUGUAAUCUCAAACCAGCUGCAAUGCGUGGCGUCAAGUCUUCGGCCAUGGUUCUCGCUGCAUCUCCUGCAGCUGUGGACGGACAGGAGAAGGAUCGCGUGGAGCUCGUUCAGCCACCUGCAGGAUCAAAGCCAGGUGAUGUACUGCAGUUUGCAGGCUUCGAGGGUGAGCCAGAGGCGCAAUUGAAUCCAAAGAAGAAGAUUUUCGAGGCGGUGCAAGUCGGCUUCACAACAGACGAUGCGCUUCGCGUAUUAUACAAGGACCCUCAGAGCUCAAAGUCUGGCUUCCUCGUAAACAAAGCUGGCGAGCAAUGCAAGGUCGAGUCGCUGGUCAAUGCUUCUAUUCGCUAG